CUAAAUUGUGUUGUAAAUACUCAUUGUUCAGAACAAUGUAGACAUAGUUAGAGUUGGGAUCGAUUGGUAUACGCAAUAUUGUAAAUGGCGCUUAGUGUUGUAUUAGUAGGACUAUUGACAAUUUACAUGUGCAAUUGUGCCGUAGUGGUAACAAAGGAUGACUUUUCUGUUAACUGUGGUGGCGAGACUACUGAUGAGGGAUUCGGACCUAUCAAUAUAACAAUUGAGGUUACCAGUGAUCUAUGGAGUGCUAACAACUACACCGUCUAUGCAUUUGAAAAUCAAACAUGUGCAUUUAAACCGAGUCGUCCACAAGAGAAUCCUCUUCAAAAUAAUAAUGAUACUUUUCACACGUUAUACGAAUUUAGUUGGCCUCAGGAUCGGCUCUCCACCAUUGGCAAAGUCGGUUCAUGUGGCAUGAAACGAGUGUCGGAGCAAAAGCUGUCGAUUGAAAUAGCUGUUGUUGAGGGAAUACUGUUUACUACCAACGACAAAGUGUUCACUGUAAGCUGUGACUACACUCCAAAAUCUAUCAGUGAAUCUGAAGUCGGAGAAGGAGGAUUGAUACCGACACCACCAGAGAUAGGUGGAACUGCAACGCCCAAUAACCUGGAUAGAGAUUAUCAUUUGGAGCUGGUUGACUACGUGACUGGUCGUGUCUUAGAGGGCGCUGUACCCAUUGGCACUGUUGUACAACUAAGGAUUAGAGCAGAAGGGGCAGAUGACGGUAAAAAAUCCACAAGUUCAAUAGCUGACGAUGAGAAUGGUCUUCAAGUAUCCAAAUGUACAGCGAGCAACAGCGAUUUCAGCAAUACAGUUACGCUCAUUGAUAGCUAUUGUUCUGAGUUCAAAGAUGGCAUUGAUUUUGUGGAGAAACCGGACUAUACAGACAUCAAAGGGUUUCAGAGUGUCGAUCUUUUGUCCUGGUCACCAGCGUUUGAAAUGUUUGCUAUUGCAGGGGGUCCUGUUGACCACGUGGUCAUAUUUGAGUGUGCUGUCACAAUUUGCAGAAUAGAUGGCGAGUGCGAUGGGGAUAACUGUCCAAGCAAGAGAAAAAGAAGGAGGGUCGAGUCGGCAAAGUUGCGCAAUGUCAAUGAACAACACAGAUCCAAACGAGCAGCUGAUUCUGCGGGUGAAGUUGGGCUUUCUGCAACCGUAAUCGUUGAUGAAACUGAGAAAAGCGCAGCGAAUGGGACAAACUUUGAUAUGACAGCGUUGAUCAUAGCAGUCAGUGUGCUGGGUGUCCUCCUAUUGUUGUUAGCUGUAGCAGCUGUCGCCAUAGCAAUGCGUCUCACGCAGUCCAAAAAUAAAGCACGUUCGAGGACAUCGAGAACAGCACAUAUAUAUCACCAUGACAACCAGUACAACGAUAAAGUACAACAUGGAUAUAAAGAGACAUAUUAUUAACCAUGUAAGCACGGGUGGCGCAUUAUUCUCAUUUUAAGUCACCAUUCACAAUUGGGUUAAAUAACCGUUCAAGUGUAUCGAAAAUUGAAGUUUUUCAGGUUGCGCAACAUUUCCAUACUAGUUUACCAGUUUGAUUUUCAACUUCAUACCUUCAAUCCAAGAUGCAACAUUUCUUUUAGAACUCUUUUAAAGUCUUUCUCCUUGUCGACUCUCGUUAUAUGCUCAAUUUAUAAACUUAUGUAGAAAUAUGAGAUUCCCGACAUUUUUCACAACAAUCGAUCAUAGAAAAUCAUGCAAAAAAUCAUCAAAAUUUAAUUUGAUUGUUCCCCAACUAGUUACUUUAACGUCACGCCAUGUCAAGGUAACAAUAAAUAGGGGAACUGUCUUCGUCUUAUCAUUCUUUAAGUUGUGUUGAAAGUACACC